AACCCUGCUGGAGCUGCUUACUCAGUAACUUCCCCUCACCCCCUCCCCUUGCUCUGUCUAGUUUUGUUUCAACAUGGGUGUGACUUUUGGUUCAGCUCCCCCUCCCUGUUAUGUCACUGCUUCAAUUUCUUUAGAAUCUGAAUAAAAACUGCAGCAAACUUCAGAGCUCAUUGAUUGCAGGCUGAACUAGGUUUUUUUUCAUUCGUGCACCCUUCAAGGAUCUCCUUAGUUUUGGCAAAGUAACUCUGAAGAAACAAUGAGCAGGUUCUUGUUGUGUGCAACUUUUGGAUUAUGCUUGCUGCAGCUUUGUCUAGCAGAGAUACAAUUUAAUAUAAGUUGCAGAUAUGGAGGAGUUUUCCAUGUUGAGAAAAAUCGUCGCUACAGUCUCACACGAGAUGAGGCAGUUGAACUCUGCAAAGCUCUCAAUAGUACCCUGCCAACAAUGGACCAGAUGAAGAAAGCUCACAAUUUAGGAUUUGAAACUUGCAGGUAUGGUUACAUAGAAGACAAAAUUGUAAUCCCACGAAUCAAGCCAUAUUUUCUUUGUGCAGCAAAUAACACUGGAAUUUACAUACUCACUUCAAAUAUAACAGACCGGUAUGAUACAUAUUGUUAUAAUGCAUCAGAAACCAGGGAAAAAGCAUGUGAACCAAUCAUAAGACUAGAUGUUUCUGGGCAUGAUAAUCAAAGCCAAAUAGUCAUAGAUAAUGCAGAUGGCUCACGUUACACUGAUGGUGUAAAACACACUGACCCAACUCCGGUUACAGAUGAUAAUCACGUGGGUAGUGGGUCAAUACAUGACGGAGAUGCAACAAACCCCACCAUCAUCGGACCUCACAUGACUGGUGCCUCAUAUUAUGAAGAUAUAACCCCAGAUGCACUAUCAACAGAUUAUUCUUCUGGGUCGGGCAGAAAGGAAGAUCAUCCCACAAGUACCAAUGAUAUUGCAACACCCUUCGAUGACAAGUGGGGUGAAGAUUCAACUGUGAUUUCACUGAUAACUGAUGGUGUUCCUGGAAAAGACAGUGAUCAUCCUAGCAAAGGACGGCAUCCCGCAAGUACUACAGUUGUGGUCUCCAGUGAAGGUGCCAAAAAUGAAGACGCAACCCAAGAUCCUUUGUUGCAUAAUGUUUAUCUUGGAGUGGACGAAGAUGAGGACAAGUAUCCCAUAAACACUACUGUGGAUAGUGUGAAGCCUGCACAUUUCCCUGUAAAGGAAAGAGAUCAUUCUUCUUCAAGUGUGACUGUGAAUAAUGAAAUAGGACGCAACACAUAUACUCCUACAGCAGUUGUGGUCUCCAGUGAAGGUGCCAAAAAUGAAGACGCAACCCAAGAUCCUUUGUUGCAUAAUGUUUAUCUUGGAGUGGACGAAGAUGAGGACAAGUAUCCCAUAAACACUACUGUGGAUAGUGUGAAGCCUGCACAUUUCCCUGUAAAGGAAAGAGAUCAUUCUUCUUCAAGUGUGACUGUGAAUAAUGAAAUAGGACGCAACACAUAUACUCCUACAGCAGUUGUGGUCUCCAGUGAAGGUGCCAAAAAUGAAGACGCAACCCAAGAUCCUUUGUUGCAUAAUGUUUAUCUUGGAGUGGACGAAGAUGAGGACAAGUAUCCCAUAAACACUACUGUGGAUAGUGUGAAGCCUGCACAUUUCCCUGUAAAGGAAAGAGAUCAUUCUUCUUCAAGUGUGACUGUGAAUAAUGAAAUAGGACGCAACACAUAUACUCCUACAGUUGUGGUCUCCAAUGAAGGUGCCAAAAAUGAAGACCCAACCCAAGAUCCACUGCUGAAUGGGGCUCAUCCUGGAUGGAGCGAUAAAGUCAAGUAUUCCACAAAUACUACUAGGAAUGGUGUACUACCUGGAGUUAUUCCUUCACAUGAAAGUGAACAGUCAACUACAGCUAUGGUCUCCAAUGGUGAGGCCAAACAUGAAGACUCAACCCAAGAUCCACUGCUGCAUACUGUUCAUCCUGGUUGGGGCAAUGCAGACAAGUAUCCCACGAAUGUCACUAGGAAUGAUGUGCUGCCUGGAAUUAUUCCUCCAAGUGAAAACGAUCAGGAAAAGGAAUCUUCUCAUACAGCUGUUACCUCCAAUGAUGGUGCCAUAUAUGAAGACUCAACCCAUGAUUCACUGCCUCUAGAUAAUCAACCAGAAUGGGGCAGUGAGGACAAAUAUCCUACAAAUACCUCCAGGGAUUAUGUCAUACCUGGACUUAUUCCUGAAAAUGAAGCUGAGUCUUAUACAGCUGUGGUCUCCAAUGAUGGUGCCACACAUGAAGACUCAACCCAAGAUCCAUUGUUGCACAGUGUUCAUCCUGGCUGGGGCAAUGAAGACAAGUAUCUCACAGCUACCUCUAGGGAUGAUGUGCUACCUGGAAUGAUUCCUCCAAGUGAAACUGAACAUAAAAAUGAUUCUUCUCAUACAGCAGUGGUCUCCAAUGAUGGUAUCAAACAUGAAGAUUCAACUAAAGAUCCACUGACACCUGGCAUUCAUCUUGGAGGGGAAAAUGAAGACAAAUAUCCCACAAACAAUCCCAUUGAUAAUUUGAUACCUGGAGUUUUUUCUGACAUUGAAAGUGGACAUGGCAGAGGACCAGCUUCUACAGUCACCAGUUCUACACUUAACAAACACGAUGGCAGAAGAGCAAAUCCAUCUGGACAGGUCACAAAACCAAACAUAGCUUCACAGCCAAGAUCAGCCCAAAUACCAGAAUGGCUGAUCAUAGUGGCUUCUCUUCUGGCACUGACAUUGAUUCUGGCAGUCUGCAUUGCUGUCAACAGUCGGAGCAGAUGUGGGCAGAAGAAAAAGCUAGUGAUUAACAAUGGCAAAGGGUCAGUGUCAGACAAGAAGAUGGGUGGACUGAAUGGAGAAGCCAGCAAAUCUCAAGAAAUGGUGCACUUGGUACAUAAAGAACAGCCAGAUAAUCGAACAGGAUCAUGUGAUGAAUUCCUGACCACAGAUGAAACGAAAAAUCCACAAGAGGCUAACAUGAAGACUGGGAUGUAAUAGUGUUGGUCCAUCUUGUAGAUCAAGAGUUGGGGAAAUCAAAAUCACGUGGAACUGGGCCUGAAACUCACAGAUGCAAUGUGCUACUGAUGUCUUUUGAGCAUAAUUAAGCAUACAUUUUAUUCUUUUUAAUAUUUUUAAAAAUCAGGUCCAAAUAAAAAAAAUUGACAUUGCUUUCUGAUAUAAGUGCCUGAUACUUGCAUAAAUUUGGCAGUUCCCAUUUCCUACCUGGAAGACACUUUAUAUGUAAGGAGGGAUGUUAGUUGAAAUCAUAUUUUCUCCAGUUGCAGCACCUUCACUAAGUGGAUAUACAGAAAUAUCUAGCCACUCCAUCUCAAAGGCAUUUAUGAUACUAAAUUUACAUAGUAUGAGCAUAAGUGAGGAAUAAACGUCUAGAGAAAAAUAGAGUUAAAGAAAAAAGGGCUUCUAUAGAGUUUUGUAUUACACCAGAGUCUUUUCAAAUCACCUUUCAGCCCUGCGGAGUUUGUCAAGUGCAUUCAGGAUCUGCUGGUAUAGGCAAACUGUGACAUUUUAGAGUGAUUACAACUAGGGCUACAAUGAGAGAACCCCAAAGUACAAAACUAUGUAUCUCUAUUUUUUAAAUGCCCAUGGAUAUAUAAUGUCAAUAAUUUUUAUUGGGGCAAGUGGGAAAAGACAUGAAAACUUGAGCUGAUACAUAAUAAACUUCUAUUCUUUAUCUUAACAAUCUGUGCAGUUAUCCUUCAGUUUCAAAACUGUAUGUUGCUGUUCUCCCCAUCAAUCAUAUUUUGAGUAUGUUCCCUAGUGAACCUUGUUAGUUAUGUUGACAAAUAAAUGCAGUGACCACAACUCAAACACAUAUUUCAAAACCUAGCAGUAGGAAAUGAUCAAAUAAGAUGGCAAUAUUUUGUUUCUUGCAGAACAGGGCUCUAUCUAUCCCUGCUCUCAGAUUUAUCAUAAGAUGUUGAGCUUAGCACAACCUGUUUUUUCCCAUAAUGGUUGCAUGUUACACUAUCUUGCUGAUAUUUUAACAGUCAAAUUAAAAUUAUGUGAUGUUCUCUUUUGGAUUCUACUUCUGCCAUCUUUUUGUUUAAACAAUGCUUAUUAAAAAUGCCAAGAGAAAUAUUGUUCACUUGUUGAAACAAGAAGUUGGAAAACUGCGUAAAGAUCAAAGAAAAUGAAAGAAAACUAUCCCAACAACAUAAAAUAGCUGCAGCUGCACUGACACAUGCUUCCCUCCCCUUUGUACAUCCCAUUUAUGUAAAGUAUUUGUGUACACUAAGAUGGCAUUCAGUAACGUACACUGAUUGUAUAUAUUAUCAGCAAGAAAUCGAAUUACCAGCAAUAGUCUAUCCAACUUCGCUUUAAGGAAAAAUCUAAGUAAAAACAAUUGAUUAUGUAAUUAUAAUCAAUGAGGACCCUAUGCACCAUGGGAUGGAAACUGUUAAAUGUUUAAUCAGUUAAGCAAAAUAGUCCCAUUCACUGACCAUGGAUCCUUAAUGAACUGAGAAGAGCGCACUAGAGUCAUUUAUUUUAAUUUCCUUUUUGAAGAAACUACAGCAGUUAAAAUUUUGGCUAGAAUUGUCUAAUAUUGUGCUUUAUUCGUACCACUGUGCAUGAAAUUGCUGAGGUUGUGUUUCUCAGUGUAGAUCUUUAGCAGCUCUCCAUAAGUGUUUGUUUAAUGACAUACUAUAACUUGGUAACAUUUCUCAGGCAGAUUGCCAUGGGUGAAAUUCACUCUUGUGCAAGAGGGCCAGAAAGCAUGACUUAAUUUGACUGCUUAAGUGGCAUAUGUGCUGGCCCACUGAACAGGGUUGUUUCAUAUAUAGAAAGUCAUGUUCGUGGGCUGUAUAUGAUCAUACGCUUUGAAGUCAAUGGAGUUAUACCUAUUUACAUCAUCAGUAAAUACGGUCCAAUGUCAACAUUCUCAUCCUGUCAUGAACAUACAUAACUCACUUAUGCUGUGGGAUAUUUGUUUCCUUCAGGCAUUUUUCAUUCCUGAAGUAGUUUUUGACAGUGUUUUCCAUCAGGCAUUGUAAAUUGGAAUGGUCUCUUGCAGGAUGCAUUUAAAUGGGCACUGUGCAUAAAAUUUGUUCAAAGCAGAGAGUCAGAACAAGACCUAUUCACCUCUUGAAUCUUAACUGAACAUAGGGUCUCUGCAAAGACCUCUUUAAGUACAGGCUUUGGCAUGUUACACAUUUGAAUUCUUACUCUAAACAGGAGUAUACCUAUUUAGAUAUUUAAUGGGGAAAUCUGCCAUCUCCUUCCCAUACUCAAUUUUAGUAUCUAGUAUGACAAGGACAUCAAGACUUGACUUCUUUGGAGGUUUGCUUUUUUAUUUUUUUAUAAGGUGGCAUAAAAUCUCUCCUACAGAAGCAGUACCAUUAUUUUAUAUAUGCAAAAGUGAUUCAUAUUAGAUGUCAUGUGUCACAUGUGUAAUUAAUUUGCAUUAUAGUUUCUAAACUAGAUUGUCAUUUCAUGCAUAUAACAAUUGUUUGUACUGAGGUUUUUAUUGUUUGGGGACUUUUUUUGUUUAUUACAGAGCACCCUUGAUAUAUUUGUAUAUUUAUUAACAGAUUAAGGAAGAAAGAAUCAUCUCUAAAUUUUAACCAGAGACAUGGAAAAAAAGUAAAUUGAGCUUCCAAAAAUAAAAUUGAUUCUAAAUUAAGGGAAAAGAUAAGACAGGCAUUAUUAUAAGCUAGGGGUUUGGGUUUUUUUUUGUUUUGCUUUGUACCAGUGAGCCACAGGUCUAUUUAUAUGGUUGUAAACCCUAGGCUACACCCAGCUGAAACUCCCUGUACUCUUGUAUGCUUUACUAACAUUGCGUGUGGGGUUUCCAAGCAUUCAUUCAUCUGGGGGAAAAGCUCAGCUUGCCAGUUUGAAAUGGGUGGUUUGGCUUCUCUAGAAAUUGGAUGAUGAGUCUAAUUCUCAUCUCACCUAGAGCUGAACCCUGUAAGAUGCUGACCUCCCAUUGAAGUCAGUGGCCAUUGAGGGGGCUCAACACCUAAUGGAAUCAAGCCCUUACAUCUGUGUCACACCAGUGAAAUUCCACUAACUUAGAUCGAUUUGGUGUGUGCAUGGGCCCAAAUAUUUUUUGCUGGCACCACUUAAUUUUCCAGUGAGACGGGUUUAAAAAGCAAAGUACAGGGCAACCUUAUAAGCAGCAUAUGGUGUUCAAUUACCUCAAACAAUGCUGAAAAUAAGAAAUAUAGCCAAUACUUGAAUUUACAUGGAAAAGUUAUCUAAAGCACUGAGUAUAUUAAGAGUGAGAGGUUAUUAUAAUCGCUCUUUUUCUGAUCAAUGACUUCACCCAUUUUUUUGAAUGAUUUAUAAAGAAUGGUUGGUUUAUUGAAGCAGAGAAGUGAGAAGGGUUACAUUAUGUUAAAAAGCUUUAUGGUAAGGGAGUGUUUUAAAUAUUUUCCACAACGUCUGUGGGAAUCAGAAUUCUAGUAUGAUAUUUUUGUGUGUUUUCUGGCAUCUCAGGGAUGUUUUUUGUGUGUAAUUUGACAGUAACAAGAACCAACCCCUGUAUUAAAUAGUUUGGAAAGAUUUAGCGUGCUGAUGGAGACUUCCAAAGAGAUCAUUACCAGGGCCCUGAUUACCACAGAGUAAUGAAGCUGUGCAGAGACAGAGACUCCCCCCUUAAUUAACCUUUCUAUGGCUCCGGGAAAGUAACUAUUUCCCUCUCAGAAUUAGCUGUGAGACCCAGGAGACUUAGGGCUUGUCUACACUUUCCAGGGACCAACACUGUGGCAAUUGAUUUAGCAGGUCUAGUAAAGACCCAUUAAACUGACCACAGAUCGCUUUCCUAUAGACUCCGGUACUCCAUCAGAAUGAGAAGAGUAAGGGGAGUCAAAAGGAGAGCGUCUCCCAUCGACAUAAUGUACUGUGGAUCCCGCGGCAACUAAGCUAUGUCGAUUUGAGUUACAUUACUAACAUAAUUCAAAUUGCAUAGCUUAGAUCGUCUUUCCCUCAUAGUGUAGAUAAGGCCUCAAAGAAACUUCAUUGAGCCAGCAGUUGUGGGGACUAUUUUGAUUUAGAAUGGCCUCUUAGGGGAAGUUAUUCAAUACUGCAGCCAAAGCUUUUACUUCAUCUUAGUAAGCUACUCAUGGCUCCUGCUACUCUAGUUGUAGUUGAUUAGACUGAAUUAGAUUUGAUACUUUAUAUUUAGAUAAAUAUAGACACAGGUGAUAGAUCUGGAUACUGAUUAGCUUUCUGAUAUAGGGAAGAAGAUGUUGAAACCCAAAGUUGCCGGGAGUGAAAUUUAUGCCUCCAUUGAAGUCAGUGACAAAUCACCCAUUCUCUUUAAUGGAAUAAGGUGUUUUGGGGAACAGAGCUUAAUGUGAUUAGGAUGGGAGAGAGAAUGCUAUAGGCAGCAAGAAGUUUGUGAGAUAGUUAAGAGAAAUGAUGCAGUGAGAGUGAAAUCUCUAUGUUGCUCACUGGGAAAGUCCCUUCACCAGAACUGGUACUUAGCAGCUGACACUUGAACAUGUAAUUCUAGGCAAAAAACCUGAACUGAUCUUUUCCAAUGAGCUUUCCUCCCUCUUUUUGUAAGCUGAAUGUGAGAUCUCUCCCACUCACAGCUCAUCUAGUUAUUACUAUGCCGGGUGGCAAGCAGUACAUGUCUGCAGUUAAGAACAACUGCUUUCCCUACUCAAAGUAAAGAAAACUCAAAGAGUGUGAAUUUGGCAAAGAGGACUAAUGAUGCCCUCUAAAUAUGGUUCAGAUUAUACUUUUGUCUUCAUUAUCUCUAUUUAAAGCUAUUGUUAAAGAUAUCCUUUCCCAGUGUUUAACACACGGCUUCUGAAACUGGCCAUGCCAAUACUUUCUGGCACCUAUUAUUAUGUUUUUAAAGUUUACUGAGGCUAAGCAGGUUUGUGGUUGUUGGUUUUUCCCUUUUCAUGAAGGAAUUAUGGAGUUUUACAGUUAACAUGGAAUGAAAAUCCACCUUUGUAUGCAUGUACACUGCCCACAUUCAAGUCUGCUGUGAACAUUGAAUAUUUCCCAGUACUGCAAUAUUUGGAAAGUAGUGAUGAUAAAAAGUUGCUGUUUAUCAAAAGUGUCCUGAGUCAGAGGUGGCCUCCUGCCCUCAAGAACUCUGAUUGUUUUUCAAGGGGAAAGGCAAUUGAACUCAAUAAAAGCUUAACUUACAGUCAGCGUGUGUUCCAUGGUCACCUGGAAAACAUCUAAACAGUAGUAUUUGCCUGUAAGCACUGCUUAAAGCAGGGGUAGGCAACCUAUGGCACGUGUGCCGAAGGCAGCACACAAGCUGAUUUUCAGUGGUACUCAUGCCGCCCGGGUCCCAGCCACCCGGCUCUGCAUUUUAAUUUAAUUUUAAAUGAAGCUUCUUAAACAUUUUAAAAGCCUUAUUUACAUUGCAUACAACAAUAGUUUAAUUAUAUAUUAUGACUUAUAGAAAGAGACCUUCUAAAAACAUUAAAAUGUAUUACUGGCACGCGAAACCUUAAAUUCAAGUGAAUAAAUGAAGACUUGGCACACCAUGUCUGAAAGGUUGCCGACCUCUGGCUUAAAGGGAAGUCACCAUUUUUUUUAUUAUAACCUUUUCUCUGCUUUUCAAAUUUUCUGGGGACAAGUGAAUCUCUUUUAUCUAAUUUUGAACCCACUGGAAUAUGGAGGUUUGAAAGUUUGACUUAAACAUCAUUGAGUUCUACUUAGGAAAAAAGGAAUAGAGAAGAAAAUCCAAUGAUAAAAUUAAAGUGAAAAUUCAUGAGAGAUCAGAAUGAAAACCAAAGGCAGGGAGACAGACAAAAGGAACAAAGGGGAGAAUGAAAAAAAAUUCUCAUACAAAAUAGACAUAGUUUUAAUGCCAUAUAUAGGGACCUCAUUGUGCCAGAUUAUAUUUUUGGAAUGUUCCUCUAUUCCUUAUACAUAGCAAAGGUUUUCCUGUACCCAGGGAAAAAAAUGUUUCAAAUAAUUGCAGCAUCACUGGAAGACGGUAUGUAUUUUAAUUUUCAGGGAAAUAAGACUUGUGAAUUAAAAUUGGUUUUGAGUACCUUGUAAAGCUCAGUACACUUGUUUAAAAAAAUCACAUAACUACCCUCCAUAAUGUUCUCUAAUCCCAUAAACAUUUGUUCCAGACAAAAACUUGCUGAAAAGAAAUCCAGAAACAAUUAGAGUUUUGCUUCUUCCCUCACAAGCUUUGAGAGGAAAAUAAUGUUUUAGCCAUUUUAAGAUAGAAUUGUGAAGUUAAAAACCAUACAUAUUUUUGUAUGUAAUUUAGCAGUUUGUUUCUUUUGGAUUGCUCAAAAUAAAAUGUAUUGUUCCUUCAAGUAAAAAGGCCAGAUUCUGAUCUCAUUUAGGCCUUGAUUCAGGAAGGUAUGUAAACAUUUUCUUAGCUUUAAGUGAAGAGAGCAGAUUCUGAAAAAAAUGGUUCACAUUGAGCUUAGUUGUGGAAAUGGGCAGAGGUGUAUGAACUGGGGAUGGAAUGAGGCACCUAAUGUUUUCCUUACUUGGUUUAUCUAUCGCUAACACUGCCGCAGAACUAAGCUCCCCUGCCCUGUGUAGCUUUAAGGGUCUACGGGAAGAUAAGAUUACAAUACCCAGGCACAAUCAGAGUUCAUGCCGAAAUAAUGGACCAUGGUUAAACACCGUGAUAAAAUUGAUCUAUUAUCAUUUAUUCAUUCUCUAUACAUCAGGAAUGAGAGCCUGGUUCUAGCUCUGGCCCCUUUAUACCAGGGCCAGUGUGUUGUAAAAGGGACCUAAAAGCCCUGGUUCUGUCUGGGAAGAAUUUGGUGCAGAAACUGAGGCAGACAGCCGUGCGGCUGCCCUCAGGCCGUCCUCUUGUAAGUACUGGCAUAGGGAGCAUGAUGGGGUGGGUUUGGAGGCAGGAGAAGUGUAUUGGGAGCAAAGAUUGCAGGCACAGAAGGAUGCCAAAAGUUAGACAGGCCUCCAGGGCUAAAUUAUGUUUGGUGGCUCCUCCAGCCCUCAGAGCAGCUCAGGACCAGAAUGGUGCAAAGUUCACUUUAAGCCAUCUUAGCUUCACUGCCCCCUGGGUUGUGAAUGCUGUGCUGCUCCUCUUAGAAACUCUCUCCAGGACACCAGUUUAGUAGUAGGUUUGAAAUUCCAGAGCACAAGCAAGUUGGGUUAAGCAUAGAGCUUCAGCUGAAUUUUCUUGCAUUUGUUGGUUUAAUUAGAGCCAUUGGCAUUAUUUUCUCACACUUUUUGGUACUUUUUGUUUUUUUUCCUUCACUGGCUUAACCUAGAAAAUACUUAGAUCGUUAUCAGUGAUCCUAUUUUCUCUGCAAGCAGGGCUGUGAAUGCAGGUCUCAUGCCUUCUUUCUACCCAGGGCAGUCAGGGCUGAACUGAAGACUUUUUUCUCCUGUUCAAACCUUAAACCUGGGGCUGUAUGUACAGCUUUUGUCUCUGGAACAGAAAGCACUUAUCUCAGGGCUUCUGUUUCAGGUUUCUGUUAGUGCCCACACUGUGGCUCGUGGGUGGAAAGUUUCUGCUCCCAACUUGCAGAAUGGUCCCCACUCCCCCAAGUUGACAGUGCUUGCCUUGAGUGGAAACAAGCCUCUACAACAUACCUUAGCUUCCUUCAUUGUCCAAGACACAGUGGUCCCAGCAGACAUUUGCUAUGAUUCCGCAAACCCUGGGAGUGGGAGAAGAAAUUCUUUUUUGCAAGUGCUCUGGAUUAGAACCCUAAAUGAUGAAAGCCUCACCACAAAACUCUAGAGCAAUGGAUUGGUUUGUUUUCCUUUUCAUAUCCACAAGAGAUUCAAUGUUUGGGCUUCAAUCAUGCAGUGAUGCUGUUGUGUACAAAACCUGUACUUGUUUGUUGUAGUUUGCAAAUGUGGAUUUUUUUUAUAAUAAAAGAUCUGUUCUCAACUUAUUAAUCAAAAUAAAAAGCUGGUGCUGUUUGACUGAA